AUGGCAGCAACAAAGACUGCCAGCGAUGCCUGCAACGACAAGGCUACCGCCAACCAGGGGCACGCAUUUCUCGACCCCGAGGAUGGUGGCCACGAACAGAACCCGACGAUAAAAUCCUCAGUAUAUGCCGGCCUGGGCUGGCUAGACCGCUUGCUCGUCGUCUGGAUCCUACUAGCCAUCAUCAUCGGCAUACUCCUGGGCAACUUUGUCGACGGCAUUGGUCCUGCUCUGCAGAAGGGGAAGUUUGUUGAUGUAUCAAUUCCAAUAGCCGUGGGACUGUUGGUCAUGAUGUACCCCAUUCUCUGCAAGGUCAAGUUCGAGAGCCUGCACCAGAUCUUCGCCCAUCGUCAGAUCUGGGUGCAGCUCGGCUUCAGCAUCGUCGUCAAUUGGAUCGUUGCCCCGCUACUCAUGCUCGGCCUAGCCUGGGCCUUCCUCCCCGAUGAACCAGGCCUGCGGAACGGUCUGAUAUUCGUCGGUCUCGCCCGCUGCAUCGCAAUGGUCCUCAUCUGGACCGGCCUAGCCGGCGGCGACGAGCAAUACUGCGCCAUCCUCGUCGCCGUCAAUUCCCUCCUCCAAAUGGUCCUGUACGCGCCCCUCGCACUCCUUUUCGUCAACGUCAUCAGCCACGGCGACACGCGCAACAACACCGUCUCCUACGCCGUUGUCGCACGCAGCGUCGGCGUCUUCCUCGGCAUUCCCCUCGGCGCCGCCAUCGUGACUCGCAUGGCGCUGCGCCGCAUCAACGCCGCCUGGUACGACACGACCUUCAUCCGCUGGCUGUCGCCUUGGUCGCUGGUCGGCCUCCUGUACACGAUCCUGGUCCUCUUCGCGUCCCAGGGCCGGCAGGUCGUGCACCAGAUCGUGUCGGUCGUGCGCGUCGCGGCACCGCUCUUCUGCUAUUUCGUCGUCAUCUUCUUCGCCACGCUGGCCAUCACGAAGCGCUUGGGAUUCGGCUACCAACUGGCGGCAACGCAGAGCUUUACCGCAGCCAGCAACAAUUUCGAGCUGGCUAUUGCGGUGGCCGUGGCGACGUUUGGUGCAGAUAGUGAUGAGGCGCUUGCUAGUACGGUAGGGCCGCUCAUCGAGGUGCCGGUCCUGGUGUUUCUGGUAUAUAUCGUCAAGUGGUUGGCUGGACGGUGGGGCUGGAAAGAUUAG